CUGGCAGCCAAUCAGCGGGCCGCUUAGUGACCGGAGGGGAAGCGAGGAAGCAAGAUGGAGGCAGCGGGGGAGGCGGCGGUGCCCGGCGAGCAGCUGCGGGCUCCGGCCGCCUUCGUGGCUCCCCUGCAGCCCGAGGUGGCCGCCGUCGCGGUGCUGCCGGAGCGGCUGCAGCGGCGGGAAGCGGAGCGGCAGCAGGGCGUGGAGCGGCAGCGGCAGAAGAAGGAGGCGCAGGUGGUGAAGGAGGAGCGGAGCGAGUUCUUCGUCGCAGCCUUCGCCCGGGAGCGGGAGGCCGUGGAGGCGCUGCUGGCGGCGGGGCCGCUGGAGGAGGCGGCCGCCCGCCUGCAAGGGCUGCAGAAGCUGCUGACCGAGAGCGUGCGGUUCCUGGCGCCCUACGAGGUGCGGCAAGGGCAGGAGGCCGUGGCGCGGCUGCAGGGGGACCUGGCGGCCCGGCGCCAGCAGCUACAGCCCAAGAAGAAAUUCGCUUUCCGGGCCCUGAAGAAAGAAGCAGCUCCGGGCAGCGAGCCGCGCCCCGCCGAGCCCGCCUGGCCUGCCGCCGCCGCGCCGCCCCCCCGCCCCGGGACCGCCGAAGGGGAGCCGAGCGGGCCGCCGCUGUGCGGGUUCAGCGGCGCCCAGGGCCAGGAGCUGGAGCUCGGCCCCACCGAGCUGCUGCAGCGCGACGUGGUGCUGUCCGAGCUGCGCGGCUGCCGGGUGCGGCUCCGCGGCAACGCCAACACGCUGCGGGUGCGGGACUGCCGGGACUGCACCGUGCUCUGCGGGCCCGUUUCCACCUCCGUGCUGGUGGACGGCUGCAGCGAGUGUGUCCUGGUGCUGGCCUGCCAGCAGCUCCGCACCCAUCGCACCCGCGACAGCCGCUUCUACGUGCAGGUGACCAGCCGCGCCAUAAUCGAGGACUGCACUAAAGUCUUCUUCGCCCCCUACGCGUGGAGCUACCCUGGUAUCGAGAGAGAUUUCGAGUCUUCUGGGCUGGACAGAAACAGAAACAACUGGAACCUGGUGGAUGACUUUGACUGGCUGGCAACUGACAAGCCUUCGCCCAACUGGAGCCUGAUCCCCGAGCAGGAAAGAGUCAGUUGCUGGGACUGACUGCAGAGGCAGCUCGGCGCAGAGCGAGAAAUCCUGGUGUAAACGUAUUGAUUCAUAAACUGUGGGACUUCAUCCCCAGUAUGCCAUUAAAUGAUUCUAUUCGAUAUUUAAAUUGUGAA